CCAGAAUGAGUUUCUGCUUCCAAAACCCACCCAGUGGUUGAUUUCUAUGAAGAUAUUGCUGUCAAACAUACACGAAACUAAGAUUAUCAAAACAUCAAAAUUUAUCAAAAACCAAAAGCCAUUUUGAAGUAAACACAUAAAUCAAAGAAAUCAAUGAAAACCCUAAAUUAAUCUACAAUCAAUCUAAGUAUAGAACCCAUUAGAUAAUCUUAACUUCUUGUUAAAAUUAUUAAAACCCUAACCAUGAAAAUCCUAAAUCAAUCUACAAUCAAACCCUAAAUCGAACAAGAAGGAGAAGAAGAAUUACCUGACUAGAUGGUGAAGAAGAAGUGAAUCAAGUGAUCGAUUAGGAUGGAAUCAAACAGAUAAGAGAGUGCGCUGUCCCUGCUCUCUGGAGAAAAAAACAUGAAGAAAAAUGACAACUUAAGUGAUGAGUGAACUUCUCAGGAUACGCUCUCUCUCUAUCUUACGCACCUGCGUAAGAUACGCUCUCCUUCUAUCUCUCUAAAACUUUCAAAGAAAAAAAAAAGAAAAAGAAAAUAUCUUUCGGUAAAAGUGCGGGGGAAAAAAAAGACGACCACCUAUAUGAUUCUCUCCAAAUCCACGUACAAUUUAGUGUUUUCAAUUGAUGAAUCCUCCUAGUUGCUUCUCAAAAUCUUCAAAUCCCCAAAAACUCCCUAACUUGCACUCAUUACUUCAUUCAAUAAUUUCUUACUUUUGAAACCCUAAAUUUUGUUUUCUGCAAAUCUUUAUAUGCUCUUGUAAUUGCAUUUUUCUUAUUUUCCAAUAAUUAGCGAAAAAAUAAACCAUUAUAUUGAUGUGUGUAUAGAUCGGGGAUUCUCAUAAAUUGUCUACACCAUUGAUUCGUAUUCGCAAUUUGGUGCGCUGAAUUUACACUCUUGUGAUACAAUUGAAGUUACUGGAUCAGUGCGUUUGGACGUUGUAAUUGUUCCUUCUUCUGAUUGCGAUGGACGAAGAAUCACCCAGUUCUUCUCAUGAUUCUUCUCCUUCUGUUGAACUCGAACAGAGCAAUGGUGCAGUAGGUCAUAAUGUUGACCAACCAGAGGCACAUUGUGCCCUAUGUCAAAGAGUCUUUGCACCAGAUAAUGAUGGAAAUAGUCUUGAAACCAUUAACAUAUGUGGAGAAUGUAAAGUUAUGUUUCUCGAAGAUCUCGAGACAACCAUAAGAGAUUCUCGUCGGAGAAGGCCAUUUAGAGGACGAAGAGGCAGGAGUAGGAGUUCUGACUCAGUCGAGGAUCUUUUCUCUCAGCAGUUCUCAAAUCUGAUAAAUUUAGUGAGACAAAAUCAAAAUAGUAUUCCUGUGUCUAGCACUGAGCAUGAGACACAAGUAGUUGAUGGAGAUACUGCUGCAAGGGUGCUGCAGCGUACAAGCUCACGCACCACUCCUAACCGCUCUAGAAGAUGGUGGAGAUCGUUAUCUGAUAACGAAAGUGAGGGUUUUGAUAACUUGGAUUCUGUUUUUGGGGAGAGUGAAUCUAAUGUGAGUUUUGGUGGAUAUGGAGCUUUCCGUGCAGAGAGUGAUGUUAUUUCCUUUAGUGCGUAUGGUGGGGAUUCAGAUGUUUCUGUUGAUGGUCGUAAUAAUUUCAUGGACAGAGAUAUAUUCAUCCAGGCUGAUGGUGAAAGUGAUUUUGACAGUGAUACCGACAUCGACCCAAUGCAUGCAGGUCGUAGCCAAUGGAACUCAAACGACCAAGACGAAGAUGGAGAAUGGGAGGAAACUCAUAUCGAGGAACACACAGUUGAAGCUGCAGAAGUAGAGGGUUGGAUCCGAGGUGCCUUUUCUAGGAAUCCUGGAGUAAAUGGUGAUGAUCCUCAUGAGUGGUUGAGAGGGUUGCAAUCUCCUGAAAGUAGGGGUGGUACUAUUCGUUGGAGAGUUCAAGAAAGCAGGACUGCUCGUGUUUCUAACAUUUUUGCUAACUUGGAGUCCUCAGAAACAUCUCCUUACGUUGGAAACACAGGUGACUAUCUUGAUGCGAGAGGCUUUGAGCAACUGCUUGCGCAACUUGCAGGGACUGAUAAUAACAGAAGAGGGGCCCCGCCAGCAGCUCAAUCUUUUGUGGAUAACCUGCCAUGUGUAGUUAUCAGUGAGGAGCAUGAGGAGCACGAUGGAUUGGUGUGUGCCGUUUGCAAAGAUCCUCUACCCAUUGGUAGUACAGCAAAUCAGCUUCCUUGCUUGCAUCUCUACCACCCCUCCUGUAUUUUGCCAUGGUUAAAUUCCCGGAACUCAUGUCCUCUUUGUCGCUAUGAGCUUCCUACUGAUGACAAGGAAUACGAAGAGGGGAAACGGAGUAUUGGGACCAGGGUUCAAGCUCACGAGAUUCAGCAGGAUGAAGAAUCUAGUGUAGGUAGUUCCUCUGAUAUAUCUGAUAAUGAUAACAGGGAAGAAGAAGUUAAUGAAUUAACAAAUAAUGGAAGAACAGAAGAGGUACAUUUGGUAAAUGUUGAUUGUGCCAGAGAUGAUUCAGGUAGCGCAAGGAGCAACCGAGGAAGAUGGUUUUUUCUUGCUGCUGCUCCUAUUGUCAGCCUCGUAGGAAUUGUUCUUGUUAUGUGUUUCAGGAGCCCUACUGGGGAGGGUCGAGGAGGGUCGCCAAGGGCAGGCCAUUGCAGCUCUUAUCAACAGCAUGAGCAACAAGGUGUUUUAUCUUCGUCAUCGACGGGAAACACAUCAUCCAGACCUAGCCAGAGGAGUAAUAACGGUAAUAAAAGAUGGUGGUCUCUUUUUUAAUUAUGAGGUACUGCUAGUAACACGGGUUUUCGGUUGAGUAUGGAACGGCAGAUUCUAAAGUUUCUCCUGCUUUGCGUGCUAUAGUCUUGCAUUUGAGAAUUAGAUUUCUGUUUCGUCUUUUGUCUGUAUAUUAGUGGGUAUAUAUAAUAUAUGUUGUUUUCUUCAGGCAAGUAAUCACAUCAAUUUAUGUAGUGAUGAUGACCUGAAAUUUGUUUUCUUCAGCCUAGUAAAGGCACGAGUUAUGUAACUGGAACUCCAGGGAGAUGUAUUUCCAGUUAAUUUAGUUCAGUCUUGUCUUGUGUUAUGCAAAA